CAAUUCAGACCAGCUAGUAUCUCUUUAAUUUACUUAAUGCACUCACAAGCGUUCGCAUCGCUACCCUAGCUUCGUGUUAAGGGCACAACUUAAAGAACAACUUACUCUAUUGACGUAAUAUUCAUUCAUAGUGGCCAGGCGGACCGUUCUGAAGACUACGGGCCCUAAGAAAGCCAGAAAGAAAAAAACCAAUAUAGGAACUACAACUAAGAAAGAAUAAGAAUAAGAAGAAUUGCUUAAGUAAGGUAGUCGCCAUAAGGCUUUUCUUUUUUUCGGUAUGCCGCUCCGCGAGCAAGGAGUGCCACGCACGAGCGGAGCAAAAAGAAAGCAAGGGGAAUUCUUCUCUUUUUUGGGGAGAAAUCCUUUGAUUGCGUAUUGAAUAUAGAUCCAUGUCUUUCUUGUUCCACUAGCUAAGACCAAAUUCUCACAUGUCCCUUUCGUUAUUACAACCUUCUUUUUUGAUGUCAAAGACCAGAAGCUACGCGCAAAUUCUCAUUGGAUCUCGGUUGUUCUUAACAGCGAUGGCUAUUCAUUUAAGUCUUCGGGUAGCACCACUAGAUCUUCAACAAGGUGGAAAUUCUCGUAUUCCGUAUGUACAUGUUCCUGCGGCUCGGAUGAGUAUUCUUGUUUAUAUCGUUACGGCUAUAAACACUUUUUUGUUCCUAUUAACAAAACAUCCCCUUUUUCUUCGCUCUUCCGGAACCGGUACAGAAAUAGGUGCUUUUUCUACGUUGUUUACCUUAGUUACUGGGGGGUUUCGGGGAAAACCUAUGUGGGGCACCUUUUGGGUGUGGGAUGCUCGUUUAACCUCUGUAUUCAUCUUGUUCCUUAUUUACCUGGGUGCACUGCGUUUUCAAAAGCUUUCUGUCGAACCGGCUCCUAUUUCAAUCCGUGCUGGACCGAUCGAUAUACCAAUAAUCAAGUCUUCAGUCAACUGGUGGAAUACAUUGCAUCAACCUGGGAGCAUUAGCCGAUCUGGUACAUCAAUACAUGUUCCUAUGCCCAUUCCAAUCUUGUCUAACUUUGCUAACUCCCCCUUCUCAACCCGUAUCUUGUUCGUUCUGGAAACACGUCUUCCUAUUCCAUCUUUUCUCGAAUCUCCUUUAACGGAAGAAAUAGAAGCUCGAGAAGGAAUACCAAAACCUAUUUCACUCGCUGAGUCUUUUUGCAUCCAUGGCUGA